GGCGGCGACGGCGGCCAUGGCGGACGGGGCCGGUAGCAACGGGGACGCUGCGGGGCCGCUGGUGGGCAAAGAGGCGGUGGAGCGGCUGAUCCGGGAGAACGGACACAUUUUCACCGAGGCGCAGUGCAAGGUGUGCAGCGCCCUGCUCAUCUCCGAGUCACAGCGGCUGGCUCACUACCAGAGCAAGAAACACGCCAACAAGGUGAGACGAUACCUGUCCAUCCACGGCGGGGAGGAGGGUGCCCAGGGGAAGAAGAUGAAGCUGGAGGUGAAGCAGGACAGCAAGCAGGAAGGCAGCAAUGGGGAGGACAGGAACAAGUGCUGUCCCAUCUGCAACAUGACCUUCUCCUCUCCGGCUGUGGCAACAUCUCACUACUUGGGCAAGACUCAUGCCAAGAACAUGAAGCAGCAGGCCCCCAAAGUAGAAGAAACGGUGCCCCCACAGAAACACCCUGCUGCCCCUCCCACCUCUACUGCAUCUUCUAACGAAGAGAACAAGGACAUUACUGACCCGGACAAGUUCUGUAGCCUCUGCCAUGCCACUUUCAACAACCCCCUUAUGGCAAAACAGCACUAUGUAGGCAAGAAGCACAGAAAGCAGGAGACCAAACACAAGCUGAUGGCGCACUAUGGCCGAACCCCCGAUGCACCAGCAUCAUCCUUCAUGGCUGGGAAGGGCUACCCCUGCAGCACAUGUAACAUAGUGCUGAACUCCAUAGAGCAGUACCAAGCUCACAUCAGUGGCUUCAAACACAAGAAUCAGAUGCCAGGAGCAGUGCCGGUUGUUGGACCGUUCCCGCCACAGCAGUAUGUCCGGGAAGAGUCAACUGCUCCAGGAGGCUACAGUUACUUCAGCCAAGACUUCUAGAGCAAGUUGCAGCACUAUUCUUGGAGUUGUUGGUGGCCCCAGAACGCACAUCCUUUGCCAGCCCACAAUGGUUUCAUUAUCCCUCUGGAUAAGCAAAGCCCUACCCUCCUGUAUACACCCGUUGAGCAGAACGGGGACUGAAUCUGUCAGGAAAAGGAUCCAGCUGGAAGAGACUUGCUAGACAGCAAAUACUUCACUCCCUUAGAGUAGUUUUCAUUGUGUAAUUGCUUCCUGUGAAGGUGGGUGUGGUGUGAGAGGAAGUGUGUAUCUGGUGUAAGGAGGGUUUGGCAGUAAGCUGGUAGUGGCACCUUCUCUCCCUGUCCCCACUCUAGGGUGCUGCCCAUCCUGCUGUUGGACUGCUCUCAGAGGGACACCAGCACCUAUGGGCACCCCUGGGCAUGACAGGAGGGGACUUGGAGCCGCCCACAUGGCCGGGAGGCUGAGGAGGGAACAUGGCCCUUGUCCCUAGCUGAGCCCUGGUGAUGUUGUGCUGUCAGCCCAGCUCUGCUCCUCCCUGCCCUGAGCCAGGGCUGUGCCUGCCUCACCAGGCUGAACUCCACUGCCUUCUGGGCUGGCAGGCACAG